GGGGGGGGGGGGGCUACUGCCUACUUCUCGUAGGAGUGUAUUUGCGUAGUUCGAUAAUGAGAAAAUAGGAGUUGAGGAGGAGGAGGAGAGAGAAAGGGGAAUCCCAACGACUGAUGAAUGAGGAGAAAGAGUGAAUGAGACAUUUACUUAUUUUUUUUCCCCCUUCUUUCUCUCUCUAAUCUCCCACACUAAAGAAACUUACCCGAUUUUUAUGCUUCCACUUUUUUAUUUUUCUCUCUCCUCAACCUCAACUACAUUUUACUUGAUUAUUUCUUUCAUCUUCUUCAAUUUUUUCAUUCCCAACAGAAUUCUUUCUUUGUUUCUUCUUUUCAGGGUAUACAUGGAAGAUUAUACCACUGUAUAAAUUAUUUAUUCGAUAAUAAUAUUAAAUUAUAUUGCUACGUUUUUGGAAGCAUUCAACAUCAACAACAUUGUUUGGUUACUUGUGACCUCUACAUACUUUUCUUCUUCCUUUCGUACAUCUUUCUCAGAUCCUGGAAUGGGGGAUUGUGAAAUCAAGUCCAGGAGUGGUCUCUUCCUCUAAUGUCUGCGAGGGUAAAAUGCUUGACCAAGGUGAUCUUGAUCUAUAUUCUGUUCACAACUCCAGAGAUUCAUUAAAAGAGACAUUAAAGCAGACAAUGCUUGAUCAAGAGUUUGCUUUUAGGAGGCAGGUCACUGAACUUCAUGAACUUUACAGAGUACAAGUAGCUAGGAUGGAAGAAUUAAAACAGAAGAGUUUAUAUAAUUACAAUAUGCGCGAAGGAGGCUUGAACAAUGAUUUAAGAUGUUCAAUGGCUGAAUACAUGCAAUUUUCAAACUUCAAUAUGUCUUAUGAGUUACAGCAAAAACCUCCUGUGACUAUGCAGAAACAUCUUGAUCUCCAGCUUUCAGCCGAUGAAUUUAUUGGCCAAGAUGAUUCCUCUGGAAAUGGUGUAGUGACUAAGAAUUCUUCCUGGGAUGAAGUAGAUUUUGAUCCAGGUCAUCUAAAUCUAUCUUUGAGCAUUGGACCUAAUGCUAGCAAGAAGAGUGGAGAACUCAGAUCUUGGAAGGGAAAAAAAACCUGUUCAUCUUCAAUUGACAUCAUUGAUCUCGAAGAUGAAAAUUUUAGCCUUUCAAAUUCUGAAGCAUAUAUUAGGCUUACUUCUGGAUCUGCUGCUCCAAAAAAUUGCUCCAGAGACGACCAAAAGUCAGAUAGCUUUUUGAAUAGUAGCAAGCUGAAGCCAGAAAGCCUUUCACAAAGUGCCAUCAAGGAUGGCCCUUAUGGAACCCCACUGCAUAGAUCUCCUGUAGAUGCUGGUUUAAGCUGUCAGACACAAUCACUAUGUGAUUCAGGAACAAAUGGGCACCACAAAAAAUCCUUGCUUGCUAAUCUUUUGAACAAGAAUAAAAGGGCACCUACUUGUAAAAUAAAUAAUAGCUUGGACCUCAAUACAGUUCAGCUUGAAGACCAAUCAUAUUUCUCAAAUAAUCAUUCAGUGGUGGUCAAUUCAUCAAUAACUAGCUCAUCAUCUGUGUUAGAUAAGGUUUAUCCCAAGUCCAAUGUAGCUUCUUUUGUCAGCCCCAAUUUUUGGAAAGAAGCAAAUGUGAACUCGUUCGUGGAAAUGCGUGGAAAUCAUCGACAAAUAGAUGUAAAUAACAAAGGCAGUGAUGGAGAACAAUGCAGUAAGGAUGGGGAGUGUAGAGAAGGUAAUGAACUUAACAUCAGUGUUGUAGAUCUUGAUUCUGAGUCCUCUGAGGAGCUUUGUAGUAGCAGAUCUGACCCAAAAAUAUCAAGCGUGGGGUCAUCAUCAAAGAUUUCAAAUGGUCUUUCAUGUGAGAUGGACAUGGUUGAUGCAGUUGGAGCAGAAGCAAACUUAGAGAAGGGUGCGGAACCCCUUGAACAGCUUAGUUGCUGCAAGCUAUCUAAUUCUUCUGAUUCAGAAGGCCUGAUAGAUCAUCAUUCGAGCAGCAUAAAGACCAUGCAAUCUGGUAUUCGAUGUGAUGAUGUUAACUUUGCUACGUCUGAUGGAGAAAGACUUAACAUCGGUCCGUUAGUCACUCAGUCAGGAGAGCAAGACCUACGAUCUUCUGAUAGCUCUGAAUCGAAUGUUCAGUGCAUUAUUAGGAGCAAAUCAGAGGUUGAUGGAACCAUUCAAGCAGCGGCUGAACUACUUUUACAAAUGUCUUUGAAAACAGGAACCUUAUGUGAAGGUAAAUCAGUGAAAACGCCUUUGAAGAAGUUCCAAAAUGAAGAAAAUGACCAGCCUCAGUGUUCUUCAGAAUCUUACGAGGCGAUGGUACUGAAGGCAGAAGAGAUCAGCACUGCUGAUUAUUGUGUUACCUCAACCGCGUUUCUGGUAGAUGAAUCAGAGAACAAGGAUGUCAGGUGUAAGCUAAAAAGGGGAACUCGGAUGAAAGAUUUUCAGAAAGAUAUACUCCCUGGCCUAUCUACUUUAUCAAGGCAAGAGAUCCGAGAAGACAUCAAUCUUUUGGAAGGUGUUAUAAGAUCACGGGAAUACAAAAAGAUGAGGGCAAAGAUGGGUGACGACGGAGGAAGUGACUGGUGUAGGACAACAAGGAGCAAGAGGUCAAGAGUCAGAAGAAGGUAUUAUGCAUGAAGUGAGAAACUGUAAGUUAUCAGGGCUGAUCUCUUAUGUGCAGGUUCUGAUUAUAGAUACAGAGCUUAUAUUUAGGUCAAGUGGAUGUCACAAUAAUUAUCCAUUUUGAAGGCUUUAACUCAUUUAUAUAAGGUGCUGUAGUGAAGUUUAUGUGUGGCUUAGCAAAGUUUCUGUAGAGAUAUGUCAAAUAGGGUUUAGAUGGAAUGCUGGGUAAAUUUUUACCAUUGUUAUACUGAUUGACAUGAAAAUUUUAGUUCAUUGUAUGCUGUUGAGAAUGAUGGUCCUUGAAUGUCUCAGAUAAUAUCGAUAGACCUGCACAGCAGUGUUUCGAAAGAACAUUCUUGGAAAAUGGCGUGCAUUGUGUAAGUAAACAAUGAUUGAAUAUUUCUAAUCUUCUUUCAGAUCAGUAUAGUUAAUCUA